AAAUUGUCAGAGUUUUGUGUAAUCUUUCUUUGGUGAUUGUCGAGUUUAAAUCGUUUUUUUACUAAAAACAUAUGUUUUCAAAUGGAUUUCGAAGUUUCUCGAUUGUGAUUUCAUAGAUAUAUUGAUAGUUAAACAAAAUUAUACAAGUGAAGCAGUUGCAUGGGAAUUCAUUAGCACUAAUUUUUAGAGUCAAGAAAUGAAACAUGAAUAAUAGUUCUGGAUAUUUAUCUGAGCUGCAUUGCCCGAAGGAUGCACUGACCAAUAAUUAUGGGUGGUUCAUGCAAUUCCUUUUAGCAGUGUUAGCUUUUACUUGCUUAAUUGGCAAAAGAUUCUGUGAACCCCGUUAUGCAAGGAGGCCCUGGCUAAUUUGGUUUUAUGACACGUCUAAGCAAGGUCUUGGGGCGUUACUUAUACAUGCAGCCAAUGUCUGGCUGUCCCCACACUUUACAGGAAACACUUGUACAUGGUAUAUUGUUAAUUUUAUGAUGGACUCCACAUUGGGCCUACUAAUUAUAUGGGCCGGAAUUCGACUUGCUCAAUAUUAUGCUAGAACAUAUGACAUACCAUUAAUUAAUUUUGGUGAAUAUGGGAAACCACCGAUGUGCUCAGCGUGGAUAUGCCAAUGCAUAUUGUACGCUGCGCUUGCGACGUUCGCCAAGUCUGUACUGGCGCUGGUUCUGCGGCUGCCGAUAGUCGUGGAAGUCCUCUCCACGCUGCGACUGUCGCCGGUGACCGACGCGCGCCUGGAGCUCGCUGUAGUAUUGCUCAUCAUACCCUUCUUUGUUAAUGUAAGUUCUAUCAAGCUGAACUAUAUCUUGUGUAGUUGUGAUAGGAGCGAUAUUGCAACCGCUUGCGACGUUCGCCAAGUCAGUACUGGCGCUGGUUCUGCGGCUGCCGAUAGUCGUGGAAGUCCUCUCCACGCUGCGACUGUCGCCGUUGUGAUAGGAGCGAUAUUGCAACCGCUUGCGACGUUCGCCAAGUCUGUACUGGCGCUGGUUCUGCGGCUGCCGAUAGUCGUGGAAGUCCUCUCCACGCUGCGACUGUCGCCGGUGACCGACGCGCGCCUGGAGCUCGCUGUAGUAUUGCUCAUCAUACCCUUCUUUGUUAAUUCAGUACUGGCGCUGGUUCUGCGGCUGCCGAUAGUCGUGGAAGUCCUCUCCACGCUGCGACUGUCGCCGGUGACCGACGCGCGCCUGGAGCUCGCUGUAGUAUUGCUCAUCAUACCCUUCUUUGUUAAUGUAGUUGUGAUAGGAGCGAUAUUGCAACCGCUUGCGACGUUCGCCAAGUCAGUACUGGCGCUGGUUCUGCGGCUGCCGAUAGUCGUGGAAGUCCUCUCCACGCUGCGACUGUCGCCGGUGACCGACGCGCGCCUGGAACUCGCUGUAGUAUUGCUCAUCAUACCCUUCUUUGUUAAUAUUUUAAUAUUUUGGGUGACAGACAACUUCCUUAUGUACCAUCCAAGAGGAGUUAAUUCUAAAAUCAAGACUAAGGUGCGUUACCAGUCUAUCAAGAAAGAGAAAUCAGGGUCUGAUGAAGAGGAGCAUUCGGCGGACGAAAGGCUCCUGGGCUCCAGCGUAUGACCCUACCCCCGGCCCUCCACGCUACGGGCUUAACCUUCGCUACUUUAGAUAAGUACCUCGGGCUACUUGUCUUUGCUACACAAUGUUGACAUGGACACGUCAAACGUACAGUCAGCGUCAAACAGUUCGUGACAUCCAAAGUAGACAAUAAGUUCGCAACACGUCU